UUAUAAGUGACCAGUUCGCCCCCCAAACCAAUCCCCGCAUCGCCGAGCGGUCCGCCAAUGGAGAUGCCGAAAUGAGGAGGAAAUUCGACCAGAUGCAGGCACGGCGCACUCGCAGGCGAUGAAACCCAAAGCAGCACUUCCGGUUGGGUUACGCUGGGCCCUCGGGUUUUCCUGGUGACCCCCAUCGAUCUCCAUAUCCAGCCAUGCAUCACGAUAGCAUCUGCGUUCAUACCCACCCCGCAAAGCCUCGACGGGAUAGGAUAGGGCGGGCGCCCCCCGCCCCCGCGGCCACGAGCUGUGGCCGGGCUGCAAGGUCAUGCUUCUUGACACGGCGGCCAGGCGGCCACGUUGAGAGGCCCAUACCCGACCGCUGGGACCGGUGGCCCUGUGGUGGCCCUGUGUGGUUGGAAAAUCGUGCCUGUGUGGCCCUCUGCGUCGCGGUUGCGCCGCCCUCCCGUCAUCGACCAAGAAGAGCCAGUCGUCGCGCGCCGUCCCUGACAUGGCCGUAUAUGCUGUCAGACGUCAGACUAAAGUGGUUGCAUAUGCCCUGGGCACCGCAAACGAGCCAAAUGUCACGUCACCCCAUCUGCGUCACGGUUGUUCUGGAAGGCCCACGGCGUCGUCACCCGGCGGUAGCGGUGGAAAGGGGAGCUUGGGUCUCGGCAUCUUCGUUGUCGUCCAGCGUUGGACAGCGUGGGGUUUGUCCCGCGACGUGCACUUCCGGAACCCCGGAUGUCACCGCCGGCCGUCGCUCGCAUUACCUAGGUAGGGAUCUAGAGCGGUCAGAAGGGGAGAGGAUCGUAGUAUAUCGAAAUAUGCAUAGUACAUGACUUACAAAUAACUCAAUUGACCUUCUCUCCCCGGGCAGAGUCUCUCGGCUGCGAUAUGAGUGAUGUCAAAACUGUCAAUGGUGUCCCGAUCUGGUCUUGCAAUCUCAAAUUUUGAUGGACCGGGGAGGGCCCGAAGGUCAAAGCGGAACCGGCGGGAGGGGAGCUUUGGCCUCUUCCCUCCCCGCAUGCAGGCAAGGAAAGAUGGGCGGGGCCGGCGGCAGCUUCCUUUUCAUCCCAUGUCAAGCGCAAGGAUUCAAGGGUUUUCCUUGCACUGUUUCUUCAGCACAUCAAACAUCACAUCCCAUCCGCCUCGCCUCGUCUGUCAGUGAAGCUUGUUGGUUCGGCUGACUGCAACGGGAUGACGGGGGAAAAAAUAACUAAUUAUCGUCAUGCUU